GGCGCUGACUCGUCUUUGCGGCGUUGGCGGCGGGAGAGACGGUGAGGGGCGGGAGGCCCGGGCCACCUGGAGGCCGCGUCCUCGUGCCUCGGGACGGAGCGGGGGGCGCUGGGAAGGAUGAAGCUCCCUCUUCUUGCCGUGUUUGCCCUGGUGUCUGUGGCUCACUGUGAGGACGGUGCCAGGCUCCUAGCCUCCAAAUCCCUGUUAAACAGAUAUGCAGUGGAGGGCAAGGACUUGACUUUGCAGUACAACAUCUACAAUGUUGGCUCCAGUGCUGCCCUGGAUGUGGAGCUGUCAGAUGAUUCCUUCCCCCCAGAAGACUUUGGCAUCGUCUCUGGCAUGCUCAGCGUCAAGUGGGACAGGAUUGCUCCAGCCAGCAACGUGUCCCACACUGUGGUCCUACGACCUCUCAAGGCUGGGUACUUCAACUUCACCUCUGCCACCAUCACGUACCUGGCACAGGAGGGUGCCCAGGUGGUGGUAAGUGGCUGUUUUAUGGGAUCCCUGCAGACACACCUGACCACGCUCCCGGAGCUGCUUGGUCGAGGUUGGCUUCACCAGUGCUCCUGGGCAGGGAGGAAUCCUGGCUCAGCGUGACUUUGAUAGGAGGUUCUCCCCUCACUUUCUGGACUGGGCGGCAUUUGGCGUGAUGACCCUGCCCUCCAUCGGGAUCCCCCUACUGCUCUGGUACUCGAGCAAGAGGAAGUAUGACACCCCCAAGAGCAAAAAGAACUGAGCAGAGUCCAAUGCCAGCAGCAGCCCAGAGCUCGGGAAAGGACACCCCUGAACCCCCAAGAACAGUGGCUAGGUCGGGAUGGUGCCAUCCCCUGCGAGGUGCUGCCUGCGUCCUGCUUCAGCCCUCUGGGUAAAGGAUUCGGUGGCUGCAGCAGCAGCUGUGAGGUGCUCUGUGCUCCAAUGGAGAAACAAGCAAAUAGAAAAAAGAACCAGAAGUCCCAAACUGCCUUGUCCAGCCCUUUUGGAGGCAGAACCCCUCUCUCCUCUGCAGCUGCAGCAAUCUGAGUAGGCCUGUCUGUGGGGCUCUGCCCCCUGUGCUGCCUCCAGCUCCCAUCUGCCUGCUGCAGUUUUCUGAAAUAUGUUCCCUCUCCUGUGAAAAUUUAAAAUGUUUAAUAAAGGACAAUAGGAAACAAGGA